AUGAGCGAAGUUCCGAAAGAUGCGCCUUUCCAGGCGGUGCAGGUCGAUGCGCUGGUGAUUAUGAAAAUCGCCAGACACUGCUCCUCAAUCUUCCCGACCGUGGCGAGCGGCUCCCUGGUGGGCAUGGACCAGAACGGAACGCUGGAGAUCACCAACACCUUUGCCUUCCCCACCGUCGAGAACUCGUCCUCCGACAGCCACCAGAACGACGCGAGCAAUGCUGCCGCUGCCGCCCCUCGCGCAAAGAGCAACAUUACCUACCAGAGCGAAAUGAUCCGACACCUGAAGGAGGUCAACGUGGAUGCCAACAAUGUCGGAUGGUACACCAGUGCAACCAUGGGCAACUUUGUCACCCUGGCUUUCAUCGAGAACCAGCACCACUACCAGAAGGACAAUGACAAGACCGUGGCCCUCGUCUACGACACCAGCCGCAGCUCACAGGGAACUCUGGCCCUGAAGGCCUACCGACUGACCAACCUUUUCAUGAACGUCUACAAGGAGGGCAAGUUCACUACUGAGAGCCUGCAAAAGACCAAGCUGUCGUUCCGUGACAUCCUCCAGGAGUACCCCAUCACGGUCCAGAACUCACACCUCCUUACCUCUUUCCUCCACCAGCUGCCCUCCCCUGCCGUCAGCGACCUCAAGGAGCCCACCACGCUCAGCGACCUCAACAGCGACCGCAUCAAGGCGCCUCUGUACCCUUCCAUCGACAACCUGGAUCUCUCAGUCGAUCCCUUCCUCGAGAAGACUUGCGACCUGCUGCUCGAGAGCAUCGAGUCCCACUACGUCGACCUCAACAACUUCCAGUUCUACCAACGCCAGCUGGCGCGUGAGCAGACCAAGAUUACACAGUGGCAGGCCAAGCGAAAGACCGAGAACGCCCAGCGCACACUUGCCAAGCAGCCCCUGCUGCCGGAGGACGAGUGGCAGAGACUGUUCAAGCUUCCCCAGGAGCCUAGCCGCCUGGAGGGCAUGCUCAACGCCAAGCAGGUUGAGCAGUACAGCAAGCAGGUGGAUGGCUUCACGGCCAACAUUACCGCCAAGAUGUUUGCCGUGCGGGAGAACCUGCUGCCGCAGUAAAAUGCAGCAUCGCUAAAACCUAAAAAUGAAUAAGAAUUUUUGAACUGAUCUUUUGGUGGUUGAGACUAUUGGCGGCAGGGUGCAUUGGCGGCGUUCCGGUUUGGGUGGACUAUAAUAAAGUACUUCUGGUCUAGAUCUGCAGCGACAAGAGAGUCUUAUGAGAGUGUUUGAAACUACUAGCAGUAUGGAUUCCUACGCCUAGACUUGUAAUUCCUGUUAGAUACC